CGGAUAAUAUGUGGAAUACGCCAUUUUUCUGUGCGAGUGCUGUGGUUGUGAUUGUGCAUUACUGCGUUACUUAAAAAAUAAUUAUGUCGACCUCAAGUGCCGCUAAUUCUGACUAUAUAUAUGAUUCAGCCGCCAUUGUUUUGAACUUAGAUCAAAGCCAAGAUGGGGAAGAUAGAAUAUAUACAUUGAUUGGUGAAACGACUGAUUCGAUGGCAGUAGCCGCCAGCGACGAUGAUGUCGCCGGCUAUUUAAGAGGAUGGGGUUUGGCCAAUUACAUCGAAACAUUCAGAACAAACGAUGUUACCCUGCACAGCCUUCCAUUUCUCAAAGAUGAUAUGGUGAGAGAGCUUAUUCCCUCUAUAGGGCACAGAGCUCAGUUUCUGUCCCACUGGGAGAAAUGGAAGGCGUCAAUGCAUAGUGCUCCUACAUAUUUACCAAUACCGAAUAUGGAACCAUCCAAAAGUAUGGAAAACACUGAUGCAACUGAAAACCAUGUAACGUCUGAACGCACCUCGGAACUCAUGCAUCACGACUCUUCUCAUCAAGACACGAGAAAUGCCCUCCUCAAAUUAUUGAACGAAACAAAUGAUGGUAAAGCAUUGCUAGCCGAGGAAACGACUAGGGGCUGUCUCUCCUCAAAGGGGCGAUCCACUUUGUGCAAGCUUAUUAUAAGAAGAGAACUGCAAGGUGACCCUACGAAAAGAAUAUCGGGGGACAGACUUCUGGCCAUUUCUUUCGAAAUUAAAGAAGUUUUUAGAAGGGAGCAUGCCUCGACAUACUACAUCCCUUACCAAUCCUAUGGUGUUGGACUAAAAUCGUCUGCAAAGGGGAAAUUGAUCAAUUGCCUUGACAACCUGAGGAGAGAGUAUCGGAAGUCAGGACUGAUAGCCAAGUCUUCGAGAUACUCUACCCCCUCACCAUCGAGGACUGAAUCCCCGGUAUGCCUCUCUAGUGCAAGGCAGUUACGAGAUAGAUUAGCAGGGCUACCUGAGGAAGAUGCAGAUGAACAGAUUUUGUGGCUGCAGAACUCAUCAGAUCCAUGGCAGAUGGUGGAGGUGUUCUGGAGUCUCACCACAAAGGCCAGACUUCAGAGUCUGUCUUCAGAGGAGAUGACAAUCACUGAGUAUUUCAGUAAAUUUCCAUGCUUACAUAAGCCUUCAGGAUACCUUUUGUUGCUGACUGACUUUAGUAACAUAUUCCCUGAUCAUACAGAGGCACUGAAUAAGACAUUUCCCCUGACAAGGGAAAGGUUGUUAAAUACAAUCAAGAAGAGGAUAGACUCAUCCUCAGUGCCCGACAUGAAAGCCAAUUUGAAGGAGCUACUGAAGCUUGCAGAAGGUGGGGAAGAACAUUGCAACAUAGCGCUCUUUCUAUCUAUAGCGUAUCUUCUAAAUUUGAGUAGCGUAAGGAGGAGCAAAAAAAGUACAACCUGGAGGCCAUCUCGCUUAGAAUCAAUGGAGGGUUUUAUAACACACGUUAGAUCUGCUGCAGAAGUGGAGGAAACAAUAAAUAGGAGACGAGAUAAAAUGGCAGGUUUGAAGUUACAUUUGCAGCCUUUCAUUAUAAUUGUGGGCCAAACAUUAUCAGAUAUUAGCUCUUACUAUAUCAUUGUAGACAAAACAUUGUAUAAAGUAGAAAACAUUUUGAGUGCAGUGGAUGCAUGUUUUAAAAUAAUCCACGUUCUGAAUGCUGAAUACCCAACGGAAUCUAAACCUAUUUGGAUGUUUAUUCAAUUAUGUUUCUUUGAAAUGUCUACAAAAUAUGAUCAAACAUACACAACUGUCAGUACCCUACUAUCGGAGUUAGAAGUAAGGGAACAGGAACGCGAUAAAUAAUGCCCACAUGUUUCAUUUGUUCUUUAACUUGUCCAAGUGUGAGGUCUCUAUUCAUACAUUUUAGCUAUAUUCAUCAAAGGGAAUCUUUCCAUCAAUACAUCUGUAUUGAAGGUGGGUGUGAUAGAAAAUUUGAUAGCAAGCAGUCCUACAGUAGACAUUUCCGUUUGUCUCAUUCGCAAUCACAAAUAGCUCUGUCACAGCCGGUGGCUCAGUCUUCGUCAUCUUUUGAAACCACGUGUACAGAAAAUGUUGCAGAAUUAGCUGAUAGUAAGAUUAUGAAGGUUGAAUCUAAAAGUCUUGCGACAAAAGCUGGAGUCGGGGAAAAAGAGUUUCCUCUUUUCAUUGCAUCUCUGUAUGCAAAUCCACGUCUACCCAGAAACUGCAUCAACAGUGUGGUUCAUGGAUUUACUUCGCAUAUAUCAGGCGGAGUCUCACAUAUGGUAGGACAGUGCUUAUCUGAAUUGAAUGAUACCGGUUUGAUAACAUGUAACAAUAUAGGUUCAGUGUGUGAAGUUGUAUCACAUAAGCUGGAGUCAUCUUUUAAAAGUUUUGAUUCUGAAUAUAAGAGAAUGCAAUACUUUGAACAAGUCACGAAAACGUUCGUGAAACCUUCACAAAUAGUAAUAGGUCAACGAAUGAAUGAUACCAGAAACAAUGAUAGUAGAGUUUUGGAGCCAGUCACUUGCACAGAACAAAUAAUUCCUUUGCACAGUGUAUUACAAAAAUUCUUUUCAAUACCAGGUGUUUUCGAAGACACCAUGGAGUACAUGGUUGCUUUACAAAAUGAUAUUGGAAGUGGCAUAAUACAAAAUUUUAUUCAAGCAUCUUUCU